UUGCAGCAAGUUGCGACGCGCCAACAGAGUCAGAGAGGAGAGUUUGAGUUCCGGCGUUCCACUUGACGUCUUCACCUCACCACGUACGCGCGCGCGCAUGGCCGCGACGGCAUGCGCCUACGGCUACGACGGCGGCCUGGUGCCGCCGGCGCCGGCGCAGGCGAUGGGCCCGUUCGACGACGGCGGCCACCACCGUCCCUUCAUCCACGACCACUAUCCCAUCAUCCACGGCCUCGUCAUGCCUCCACCUCCUCCUCCUCCUCCGCCGCCGCCUCCUUCUUUCCAUCUCCAUUCGGGCCACGCCAGCUCCAAGGCGGCAGCGUCUCGCCACCCCGGCCUCUGCACCGAGGGCCUCGGCUCGGAGAGCUCCGAGAGCUCGGGCGACCUCGACCUCGGCGACAUCGUGGCCGACGACGACAUUCAAGACUGCAAGCAGGACGACCAGGAGCUAGGGACGCUGAUGCCGGCGAGGAAAAGGGUGUUCCCGCCGCCGAUAUCGGUGAUCGGCGCGGCCGGGAAGCCGUGGCAGUACCUGAGGGCGCAGCGCGGGGGCGGCCGGCUGGUGCUGCGGGAGGUGAGGAUACCGUCGCGGGAGCUGCUCCACGCCUGCCGGGAGGACGGCCGCCUCAAGCUCCACUUUGCACACCCGGAGCCGGAGCCGGAGCCAGAGGAAGAAAACAACACCAUCUAGCUGAUGGUGAUCAGGAGGAGGAAUGCAACAAACCAGCAGACUGCAAUAUGACAGUCAAAAGAGAAGAGCCAACAGAACAUAACAGGGUUUUGGUUUUCUCGGUUUAAUAAGUAUGAGUUAUUAUAUCGUCAAAGAGUUCUAAGAGUGCCAUGGCCAUGGCAGUGUCCUUCCAAAGAGAUGUAAAUAUUGCAACAAAAUUGGUCA